GCGCGGCCAGUGCCAUUUCACACCAGGGAAGAAAAGCCACUCGGAGUUCUUGCUUCAACAGUGUUUGAACGGAACUUCAGCCUCGUCCCGAGAACUACUUCAUCCACUCUGCAUUCCGGGCUCCACAAACCUUCACUACUUGAACACCACCGAGAAAGUCGCCGUUAAGCUCUAUUUUUUUGUACCGUUUUCCUAAGAAAAAACAAACUCACCAGCUAAAAUGGAGUCUCAGGUGCGUCAGAACUUCCACCGCGACUGCGAGGCCGCCAUCAACCGGAUGGUGAACAUGGAGAUGUCCGCCUCCUACACCUACACCUCCAUGGCCUUUUACUUCUCCCGUGACGAUGUGGCCCUCAAAGGCUUCGCUCACUUCUUCAAGGAGAACAGCGAUGAGGAGAGGGAGCACGCUGAGAAGCUGAUGGCCUUCCAGAACAAGCGGGGAGGCCGCAUCUUCCUGCAGGACGUCAAGAAACCAGAACGUGAUGAGUGGGGCAGCGGACUGGAGGCCAUGCAGUGUGCCCUGCAGCUGGAGAAGAAGGUCAACCAGGCCCUUUUGGACCUACACAAACUAGCGUCUGAGCAUGGAGACCCUCAUAUGUGCGACUUCCUGGAGACCCACUACCUGAACGAGCAGGUGGAGGCCAUCAAGAAGCUAGGCGACCACAUCACCAACCUCUCCCGCAUGGACGCCAACAAAAACAAGAUGGCAGAGUACCUGUUUGACAAGCACACCCUGGAGGAAAAGGCAUAAACAGGAGUGGAAACGCACCCUUCUGCUCAUAAGAGUACAUUUCAUUCUAAAUCUAAUCUUCAAAUCAAGUUGAUGGUUUCUUGAUGUAAUUUACGAGUGACUCUGUAUAAGGUGAUGACUUUCCUCAUUACCUAUAAAUCUCCUCGUAUGAUGUGUAAAGAACUGUUUUGACUGGUUGUUUCUGAUCUGUUAAUCUGAAUAAACAUUUUGAGCUGGA